AUGACGAGUGGCGGAGUGCGUAUCAUCUCUUGGAACACCAAAGGCAUGAACAACGCCGUCAAAAUUGCCGUCUCUGACCACGCGCCAAUCUCAGUCGACAUUAAAUUUCCGCAAGGUGUAACCGGCCGCACAAUGUGGAGGUUCAGCUCACACUUGCUCUCAGACAUUAAGUUCAAAGAUUUUAUUGAAACAGAAAUUCGUACCUAUAUUGAGUUUAAUGACACCCCUGACAUCGGAAACAGCACUUUGUGGGAAGCAUUUAAGGCUACUAUCCGAGGACAGGUGAUAUCUUAUAUUUCCAGGAUGAGGAGGACUGAGAGGGCUAGGUUGACGGAAAUUGCUAAAGAACUCCUCGACCUCGACAAUGUAUACGCUGUUUGUCCAUCUCCAACCCUGUAUAAAAAGCGUAUUCUGCUACAUUCAGAACAUGACCUGCUUAUGACGCACAUAGUAGAGAGACAACUGCGACAAUCCAAACAAUGCUUCUAUGAACACGGAGACAAGGCCGGCCGACUUUUAGCUCAACGGGCCAGGGCUGCUUGCGCAUCGCAGUCGAUCCCCAAAAUUAAACUACCCGAUGCAAGAAUGUUUAAUGAUUCCUUCAACGCCGGCCGCUUACCAAGGACCUUGUCAGAGGCUUCCAUCUCACUACUUCUUAAGAAAGACAGAGAUGCUACCUCUUGUGGUAGCUACAGACCGAUCUCACUUUUGAACGUGGACUGCAAGAUUCUGGCGAAAGUUCUCUCUAUACGUCUUCAAGCCGUGAUGCCCUCAAUAAUUUCGGCUGAUCAGACAGGUUUCACGCUGGGGAGGCAUCCAUUCUUCAAUACCAGAAGAUUGUUGAAUAUAGUUCUCUCUCCACCAUCUGAUACUCCGGAGGUUGUGGUGGCGCUGGAUGCGGAGAAGGCGUUCGAUAGGACCCCUCAUCCUCGCUUCCCCAUAUACUAUCGAUUCUGGAUCAGUUCGGUCGUUUGUCAGGUAAAUCCGUAUCGGUUAACGUCCUACUUGGCGUGUUUCCCCCGCGACUUGGACAAACUUUGCAGACGUCAAAGAAACGAGGCGGCGCUCCACUACACGCACACGCGCUUGGUGUCUGUGGCGUGGGACACCCAGGCGGCCAGCAUGGAAGCGAAGCAGGCGGAGGAGCAGUCGGCGUCCGUGCUCGGGUCUUUAGAGCCGGAGAGUCAGAGGGACAUGACUCAAAAGAAGAGCAAGCGGUGUAAAAUCAUCUCUGGGGCUCUAAUCCUCUGCUUACUGAUUCUCAUCCUUACACUGGCCUUCUCCCUGAACAACGGCAACAGUAAGAAAGGUGACGGUGAGCUCUGGCUGCAGUAUGAAGCGACAGCGGGAAGUGAACAGCCACAGUGUCCAUCAAGUUUCCCAAGGUCCCCCCUCAUCCUGGUGUCCUUGGAUGGUUUUCGGGCGGGAUAUCUGAAAGAUCACAUCAGCCACAUACCCGUUAUCGCCAAAUUGCGAGCCUCGGGUACAAGUACGCCACAUAUAAGGCCUAUGUAUCCCACAAAGACCUUUCCAAACCACUACAGCAUCGUCACUGGCCUUUACCCGGAAUCUCACGGCAUUGUUGACAACAAGAUGUACGACGUGAACCGGAAUGCAUUCUUCAGCUUAAAAACCGAGGAGAAGUUCAACUCCAAAUGGUACCAGGGGGAACCAGUUUGGAACACCGCCAUGCGUCACAAAUUAAAAACCGGAACUUUCUUCUGGCCCGGCUCAGACGUACAAAUCAACGGGAGUUUCCCGGAUUUCUACAAAGUGUAUGAUAAAAGCACCCCGUUCGAGGCCAGAGUGUCAACGCUGCUUGAGUGGCUGGAUUUAGCACAAAGCAAACGACCUGACUUUUACACUUUGUACCUGGAAGAGCCUGACUCAGCAGGACAUCGCUACGGACCAGCAAGCAGCCAGGUCGUCGAUGCCCUAAAGAACGUGGACCGGAUUAUGGGGAUGCUAAUAGAUGGCCUUAUACAGAGAAACCUGCUCCACUGUGUCAACAUUAUGAUUGUAUCGGACCACGGCAUGGAAGAAGCAUCGUGUGAAAGGGCAGCGUUCGUGUCAGAGUACCAGGACAACACUGCCGACUUCGCUGUCAUCCAAGGGCCAGCUGCCCGUAUCAGACCCAGCCGCCUGCCGGACGACUUUUUUUCCUUUGACUACGAGGGCCUGGUGAAGAACCUGUCGUGCAAGACCCGCGAGCAGCCAAUGAGGCCCUAUCUUAAAGAGCACCUCCCCAAACGGCUACAUUUUGUCAACAACGUGAGAAUCGAGCGAGGCCAGCUCUACAUGAAAGAAGGCUGGCAGGCGGCGCUAAACAGGCAGGAAAUGAAGUACUGCACGGGCGGGUUCCAUGGCUCAGAUAACCUCUUCACCAACAUGCAGGGAAUCUUCAUGGGUCAUGGUCCAGGAUUUAAAAGCAAGACUGUUGUGCCUCCUUUUGAGAACAUUGAACUUUAUAACCUCAUGUGUGAUCUUCUGGGUGUUCCUCCCGCUCCAAACAACGGUACGCACGGGAGUCUGAACCACCUGCUGAAGCACCCAGUCCACUUACCCGUCCACCCCGCACAGCUGUCACAUGACGUCCCCUGUCAGACCAGCGACGACCUGCCCACCGUCGACCUGAAUUGCACCUGCGAGGCCAGAACCACAGAUGACGAGAAACUGUUCAACAGAUUAUUGAUGGCUUCAAGUGAUGAUAAAGCUGCCUUACGCCACCUCCACCAUCCUUUCGGCGUCCCGAGUGUGGUGCUAGCAGACUCCACCUUCUGUCUGCUCCACCAGUCAGACUACAUCAUCGGAUACAGCCAGGACCGUCACAUGGCUCUUUGGGUGUCGUACACCCUCCCGCGUGUGGUCAGAAUACUGGACGUGACCCCGUCGAUGGAGGCGUGUGUUCGCAUUGAUGUCCGCAUACCAGCGGCUACCAGCCAGACGUGUGACAACGCUUUCGGAUUUCUGCAUCCGCCCAGGGUGAGCAGUGACAAAGGAAUGACCGACUCCCUCAUCACAAGCAACAUGGUGCCCAUGUUCCCCACAUUUAAAGAUGUUUGGAACUAUUUCCAUGUUUCCACGCUUCCCAAAUAUGCAAAGCAGGUGGGCACGCUCAACGUCAUGAGUGGUCCCAUAUUUGACGAGGACUACGAUGGAAAAGUCGACGCCUACAAGACUUUGGCGCCGAACGAGGUCCGCAUCCCCACACAUUUCUUUAUCAUCUUGACCAGCUGCGACAAUUCCACUUCGGACUGCAAAGGUCCUCUUCAGGUUCGCUCCUUCAUCCUGCCGCACAGAGCCGAUAACUCCGAGAGCUGCCCUGGCCAGGACGUAGGUUGGGAGGAUGAGUGGCUGCGGCUGCACACCGCCCGCGUGCGCGACAUUGAACUGCUGACUGGGCUGAGCUUCUACCACGACAGGUUGUCCGUGGAAGAGACACUACAGCUUAAAACUUUUUUACACAAUACUUGAACUAACUGCAGAUGGGCAUAGUAAACAACAAAACCAACAUUUCUGGCAUUAUUGCCCUUAUUUUUGUUUUUGAUUAGUGUUUUUUUUAAGCAUGUUUUUAAAGAUUUAGGAAAAAAAGAGGAACUGAUACAAUGAAAUACUGCAGCAGCAGGAUUGUAUAUGGACACAUUGCCAUUCUAUAUCCAUUUGUAUAUAUUUUUGAUACAAUAUUGAUUGUAGUCCUCUGUAAAUUGCACAUGUGUAGACCUUGGAAUGUAGUGUUUUGGUCUGGACUGGUGUAAUGGCACACUUUCCUUAAAAUUCGGUCCGCAUAAUAGAGAUCGACUUUCUUUUUUCUUCCAGGGCAGAUACUGAUUUAGUAGUCAAGGAGGUUGAUAUUUGAUAUUGCAGUAAAAGUUAUUUAAAGAUGAGAGCUGGACAA